CAAAGCUGCUUCUGCAGAAUCUGCUUAGAAAACAAACAAACUAUCCUGAUGUACAGAAAUCAAAUCUGUUCUCACUCCUUCUGUCACGACUGCACGAGCAAACACAUCGCAGCAAAGAUCCAAGAAAACAUAAAAACAGUUUUAUGCCCCGGGGAAGAUUGCAAGGCAGCAUUAGAUUUCGAUGCCUGCAGGCAGAUCAUCCCGAAAGAGGUCAUUGUCCAGUGGGACGAGUUCCUAUGCAAGUCAAUGAUUCCCAAGUCCCAGAUAAUUUAUUGUCCUUUCAGGGACUGUUCAGCCAUGUUGGUUAAUGAUUCCGGGGAGAUCAUAGAAGAGAUCAACUGUCCUGCCUGCAAGAGAUCAAUCUGUGCACGGUGUCGUGUUCCAUGGCAUGUAGAAUUUACGUGCAAGGAGUUUAUGAGGCUGGGUGGGAAGAAGAGAGGGAAAGAAAAUAUGUUGGUGGAGGAACUUGCUAAGAAGAAGAGCUGGAGGAAGUGCCCAGAGUGUGAAAUUUAUGUGGAGAAGACAGAGGGUUGUUCACAUAUUACUUGUAGGUGUGGACAUGAGUUUUGUUAUAGGUGUGGAUUGAAGUGGGUUAAAUUUCAUAGUGGUUGCAACCUAGCACAGGGACAGGGAUUCAAUUCCCAGCUGCCCCCCCAUCCCCACUCUAUGAACUGGGACCUUUUUUUAUAAAUCCUUAGACUAAUUUUAAUGAUGAUGUUCUAAUGAUGAUUGAUGGAUCAGUACCAUAUACUAGAGAUGCAUGUAGGCUCUCUUUGGAUUGUUGGUAUGUGUUCAGAAUUCGUGCAGAGAAAAAUACUAAGAAAAUAAAGUAUAAUUUAAAUUUAA